UCUGGGGACUAGCUUAGCGUCACAGCACACCUUCCCUGCUUGCUAGGUGUUGCUUUUCUGACGAAUUAGACAUGAAAGUCGUCGUCUAUGCUGAAAUUGCUGGGCAUGUCCGAAAUGUAACCAUCGACGUGAAGGCGUCUGAUAGGGUGGAGACUGUCGUGCAAAAAUACGCAGAGACCGUUGGAAAGAGAAAAUCUCCGUUUCGAGGUGGUCAUCCUGUCUUAUUCUCCGAGUCCGGAGUCGCUCUUGACCCGAAUGAAGAGCUUGGAGACCUAAACAUAAAGGAUGGAACGACUUUGUUUCUCAGAGUGCAGUCACGAAAAGAUUCAAUCACACAUCGUUGCAAGUAUUGUCUCUGUGUCUCUUUUUUGGCAUUGUUGGCUUCUGUUGGUGGGGUUGUGGCUGUUGUUCUUUUGCAAGAAUACUGGAACGCUUCCAGUCACCAUUAUCAGUAUGGAAUUGUGAUUGAUGCUGGUUCGAGUCACACGAGUCUCAAGGUUUAUCGUUGGCCUGGAGAUAAAAAGAAUGACACUGGGGUUGUUAAACAGCACAAACACACUUGCCACAGUGAUGGUGGAGCAAUAUCACAAUAUGUUAAUAAUCCAAAUGAAGCGGGCCCUUCACUGAAAAACUGUUUGGAUAAUGCCAUGGACUUGAUUCCACAUAACAAGCAGAAAGAUUCACCUAUAUUUUUGGGUGCUACAGCUGGAAUGAGAAUGCUAAAUGAAUCAAAUACGAAAGUAGCCACGGAAAUUCUGCAGUCUGUUCGAAAUUUUAUUGCUUCAUAUCCGUUUGACUUUAAGCCCGAGCAGGCCCGUAUUAUCAGUGGAGAUGUCGAGGGAGUAUCUGGCUGGAUAACCAUCAAUUAUCUGUUAGACAACUUCUUUCCUUCAUCGACAAUGUCAAGGAUAAUGAGAGCUGCUGGCUUUGGUAGUUCCAACCCAAUGUCUGGUGCUCUUGAUUUGGGUGGUGCCUCGGAACAGAUAACUUUUGUUCCACAAAGUCCUCCAUUGAAAGGUGGAAUCAACCUGCGUUUGUAUGGUCAAGAUUACACUGUCUAUACACACAGUUAUUUGUGCUACGGACGAAAUGAAGCAAAUAGACAGCUUUUGGCACAACUGGUGAAGGCUUCAAAUUAUAGUACUACGAUAACAAAUCCAUGUGCUCAAAAGGGAUACAUUGGUGAAGCAAAUUCAUCGGACGUGUUUAAAGAACCUUGUACAGCCAAUAGUGACAAAAGAGAUCAAUUGCCUGAUAGUUUUAGGUUCACUGGGUCUGGUGAUGUUAUGUCAUGUGCAGCCGCUAUCAAGGCCCUUUUCCCUACUACACAUUGUCCUAAUGAGCCUUGUGGCAUUGGAGGUGCAUACCAGCCAACUCCAGUUGGUUUGUUCCAUGCAUUUUCGGGGUUUGCUGAUGCUGCUGGCUACCUAAACAUUAGUGGAACAGCAGAUUUGAGCAAUUUUCAAGCUGCUGCAAAUCGGAUAUGUCAAAUGGAUUGGCAAGAAAUUGAAAAAGAAGACUUUUCUGAUGACAGUUUGAGGAAUAUGUCAUGCUUUCUGGCACAGUACAUAUAUUAUGAUCUGACUACUGGUUUGAAGAUCAACAGUCGAGGAGGAUCAGUUAGCUUCUUAGAUGAAAUUGAUGACACUCACUUGGGUUGGACACUUGGUUUUAUGAUCAAUGCUACUAACAUGCUGCCCAGCGAAAUGCCACAUUUGAUGUCAACCGCGCUGUUUGCUGAACUAUUGGCUGCAUUUGGCUUGCUUACCUUCAUUAUUUUGUUUUGCCUCUUGGCUUAUUUUGUACGGAGAAAGUGCAGCGAUCACGGCGGGUAUGUUGCAUUGACAGAUCUUCCAUAGGAUGCAGCAAUGAAGAAGCAGUGACAACAAAAUGAGUUGCUAUGACAUAGAUAACAAUAAUUGACAGAUAGUGGAAGUGGUACAUCAAUCCUUGUCUUGUUGAAGUUGGCAUAGUUCAUUGGUGUAUCAGAUGCCAUGUUGUAUUGCGCAGUCAAUACUUAUUAUAUUGCUACUAAAUGGUACAUUGGUAAAUGGUGAUAGAAAUGUGAAAUGAAA